AUGAAAUCAAUUGACAACUCCAACGUCAAUAACACUGAGGAAACUCAACUGUUGAAAAAUAAUGCGGUGAAUAAUAGCGAUACAUCUCUUGCGAAAAGUGGUGGAUAUAACUCCAUCGUCAGUGGUGCUUCAUCAGAUUCAAAUAAUAAACCCAAACUCGACCCUAUCACAAAAUAUAAUUUAAGUUUAAGCAAAGGACCAAUAUUGACAUCCCUGUGGUUAGGUUCCUUCUUAUCGGCAUUGGAUGCAACUAUUGUUGCUGUCAUCAUGAAUAGAGUUGCAGAAGACUUCAACGCCUCAAAUCAAAAACAAUGGAUAGCAACGUCAUAUUUAUUAACAAACACUGCAUUUCAACCUCUUUAUGGUAGACUCUCCGAUAUCAUAGGAAGAAAAUAUACCCAACUAAUAGUCCCUUUUUUUUUUGGAAUGGGGUCAUUUUUAACAACAUUUUCCAAGACUCUACCACAAUUUGCAUUAGCAAGAGCUGUUGCAGGUAUUGGUGGUGGUGGCAUAAGUGCCAUGAGUAGUAUUGCUGUAAGUGACAUAUGCACUGUAAAAGAAAGAGGGAUGUAUCAAGGCUACGCAAACAUCUUUUACGGUGCUGGUCAACUUAUUGGUGCUCCAAUCGGCGGUCUAUUGAUUGAUAGAAUCGGGUGGAGAGCUCUAUUCGCGUUUCAAGUUCCAAUGGUAGCAGUUGCCAUGUUUUUGAGUUUCACUUACCUUAAUAUUAAAUUAGCACAUCUACCUCCAAAGGAAGAAAGGUAUAAAUGGAAACACUUGUCAAAAUUGGAUAUAUUUGGUUCCAUCACUUUGGUCAUAACAAUCGGUAUUUGUAUCGUGAUUUUAUCAGAUAAUGGAUUGAACAGAAUGGUUUUAGGUGCAAUGGGAUUGCUAAGUUUCGGCCUUUUCCUUAUAAUCGAAAAAUACUAUACAAAACAUCAAAUUUUGCCAUUGAAAUGUUUACAGGGAAGUUUCGGUUACGCUUCUUUAACAAUCAUAAUAUCCACUUAUGUCAUUUUUGGUGAAUAUUUUAGAACACCAAUUUACCUACAAGUUAUCCAAAACUUCACAGUUUCUCAAUCAGGUAUUUUCCUAUUAUUCCCAACUAUUUGUGUCGCUGGAGGUUCCGUGCUAACUGGUAGGGUUUUAAAACAAUCAAAAAUGGAUUUGGAAAAAUGUUCUUAUCAGCUUAUAUUCUACAGUGUGUGCACUCAAUUUGUAGGGCUAUUGAUGUUAACCUUGUUGAUCAAUUAUCUACAUAUUUUUAACUCAAACAAUACAAAACCAGGUGUCGGGAAUAUUUUCCAUGAAUUGACGACAGUAGACUUCUCAUGGAAAAUAAUUUUCUGCAUUGCAACAUCAUUGGUAACAUUUGGUUACGCCAGUAUUUUAGUGGCGACACUGGUUUCGAUCGUGCACACCGUGGAAAAGAGUCAACAAGGAAGCAUUACAGGUCUAUUUUAUUUAUGGAGAUCAUUAGGUAAUGUAUUGGGAACCUCAAUAACGUUAAUUACCUAUGAAAAUAAUUUGACAAGCAAAUUAUACAAAUUUAUGUUCGAAAAUCCGGAGCAACACAUGGACUAUAUAUUCACAAUUGAAGAAUACAAAGCAUUAGUAAAAAACUCAGGGUACUUAAGAUCUCAUUUCUCGAAGGACGUUGUUGAAGAAUUAUUGGCUGUCUAUAGAAAUGCAUUUGUCCAAUCAUAUAUACCAAAUUUAUUAAUCUGCUCCGUUGGUGUAGUUAUUUCAUAUUUAUUAAUGAGAAGUUAUAAACCACAGCAUAAAACCUUGCUACAUUGUUAA